GCGGGCGGGCUCCGCCUGGGGCGGCACUGCUGGUACCUGCGCGGCGCGGGGCGGCCUCGGGGCAGAGCGCGGCGGCGGCGGCGGAGCGACCUCCUCACACUCCUCGUGUCCGUGGCGGGGGCGGCCGGGCCAUGGUGCGGCGCGCCCGGCUGGCGCUGGUGGCGGCGGCGCUGGUGGCGCUGGGGGCGCCGCCGCCGCCGUGCGCGGGCGCCCGGGCGCUGGAGUGGUACACGGCGUGGGUGAGCACGGCCUACGUGGAGCCGCUCAGCAACCGCACCGUGCGCGGCAACACGGAGAGCGGCCGCUACGGGGACAGCUCGCCCAAGGAGAGCGCCCAGGGCCUGGUGGGCAUCCCCCGCGGCGCCUCGCCCCGUCACAUGGAGGGCUGCGCCGCCGACACCGACUACGACGUGCCGCUGCCGCCCGGCGGCCGCGGGCCCCCCGAGGUCGACCCGCAGCCCUGGAUCGCCCUGGUGGCCCGCGGCGGCUGCACCUUCAAGGACAAGGUCACCAACGCGGCGCGGAAGCGGGCGGCAGCCGUGGUCAUCUACAACGAGGCCCGUUUCGGCAACAGCACCGUGUCCAUGUCCCACCUGGGAACAGGAAAUACAGUGGUGAUAAUGGUUGGCUAUCCAAAAGGCAUAGAGAUAUUGGAGCCAGUACGAAGAGGGAUUCCAGUAAAAAUGACUAUUGUUGUUGGCACACGACAUGUGCAGGAGUAUAUUAGUGGUCAAUCAGUUGUGUUUGUAGCCAUCGCCUUCAUCACCAUGAUGAUUAUAUCGCUUGCUUGGCUCAUAUUUUACUAUAUACAACGUUUCCUGUAUACAGGAUCACAGUUUGGAAACCAGGGACAUAGGAAAGAAACCAAGAGAGCGAUCAGCCAGCUUCAGCUGCAUACUGUGAGACGUGGAGAAAAGGGUUUAGAUGUUGAUGUGGAAAACUGUGCUGUGUGCAUCGAGAACUACAAACUGAAAGACACUGUCCGAAUUCUGCCAUGCAAGCACAUCUUCCAUAGAACGUGCAUUGACCCUUGGCUUUUGGACCACCGAACUUGUCCAAUGUGUAAACUAGACGUUAUCAAAGCCUUGGGAUACUGGGGGGACCCUGAAGAUGUACUUGAAGUUCCAAUACCUGAAUCCAUAAGUGGCAGUGUUUCAGUUGGAAGUCUGAGUAUUGCUUUGCAAGAUGAUGAUAGAAAUGAGGUCAGCGAAUUGUCAGCUUCCUCCACGAAUGAAUCUGUAUUGCAGUGUACCAGUUUAAAAGAGGAUGCGGGUGAAACCACAGCAUUGCUUGAUGUGGAUGUCAGUAGUAACCGGCAUGGAGAACAUCUAUCUAAUGGAAAUUCCCACUGAACUGCUUCAUGGAAGAUAUCUUGAAUGGACUGUUGAAGAACUAUUAUUUUUUAUUUAAUUAGUAUGGACUCUUGUCUAGUGAACAGAAAAAAUAACAAUGUAAAUUAUUUUACCUUUCAAACUUUUCUAGCUGGUGUUCCAAAAGGGCUAAUAACUGAGAAUUUUGUACACAGGAGGAUUUUAUAAAAUCUCCUCUGGAUGUCUCAUCCUAAAAAAAAGAUGCAAUAACCCUUUUUCUGUAAGCAUUGUUGCAAUGUCAUUGUGUUCCAGAGGGCUGUAACAAAGAUGAAGACUAGGCAGUGAAAACAAUGUACAAUAUGUAACAGUGAAAUACAUUGGAUGCACUAUUUACAUUCAGUAUGUACACAUGGAGAACACUUACAAGACUACAACUGUUAAAAUGUUCUGAAAGUUCUGAUCUGUUGUAAUUGGAGAUGGAUAUUCUUAGAAAAAAACACGAUCUAACCUUGAAGGAAUCAAAUUACUUCAUGGAUAUGUUGUGUAUUCUUUUUUUUGUGAUGGAAAAAUUGCUAGUUGCAACUUUUGUUACAUGUAACAAAUACUAAUUUGAUCUUGUAACGUGUUCUACUCGGAGUGGAUGCUAAGAAAAGGAGACUUUCUCCAUCUUGCAAGCUUUUUAUACUGAAUUUGGCAGUAAUAAGUUGUGCUAGGUGGUCUUCACGUGCUGAGCAUGUAGACUUAUUUAGGUAUAUGCACAUUGGUUACCUCUUUCAGUCUUAAACUCAGUAGAACAGAGGUAAAGGGCUAAUUAUGGCUAAGAUAUAUUUAUUAGUCUAUUUAUAAGAAUUUACUUAAUUCCUUCUUGCUCCUGUUCCCAUCCUGAUCCACUUUAUGUACAAAUUGAAACUGUUUCUUAAGAAAUACAAAGUUUGGUUUGGUUUGGUUUUUUCUUUUCCUUUGCAUAGAGAUGCUGGAAUUCUUCUCUUGGAUAUUCCACAUUAGGAGUUUUGACUGGGUUUGCCAUUAGCUUUUAUUCCUUUCUGUUAGAUUAGCAGUAUUGUGCCUUAUAGUAAAACACUUAAGAAAUCUGAAGCAUCUGAGAGUAAAUAUAAACCCUGGCAUCUCCCAUUACGACCUCUUAUCCAAAUAUUUAUAUACUGUAAGUGGUAUAAGGAAUUGCUAAACUGUUUUGUAAAGAAAUAUGUAUAUUUAAAACACUACUUAAGAGUGUUAAGUGAGUUGUUUAGGAUUUUAGCAUUGUCAUGUUAUAAUAUGCUACAUUCCUCGAUUUUCUUUUGUAAAGCUCUUGCUACAGGUUGCUUAAAACAGUGUCUUUCACCAGACAUUUGUUUUAGAGUGCAUUUUGUUUUUAAAAUGUAUAUUUGGAAUGUUUUUAAGAAAAUAUGCAAUUCUUUUUCUAACUUAUAUUGAGCUUCAGUAGAAGCAAUAACUUUUUUUAAUUUUAGAAUGAAUGUUCCAGAAAUGACAGAGGCUUCAGAUGGGGAAAUAUAAUCUGAACUUCUACUUUGCAGAGCAGAUAUUUCACCCUAAAUUUCCUUCAAAAAAUUCCUCUUAAUGCCUACUUAAAACAAAAUUUGCCUCUUCCUUGUAGGAGUGUAACUUUUAGGUUUACUGGAAAACUGUCAGGUUGUAGUUCUGAUGUCACCAGCAGGUGCAAGUUUUUGUGAUGCCUUUAUCUUACGAGAAGCACAUGAGAAUGGAAUAUGACUUACCCACCAUCUCCAAAACUGAACAAAUAAAAAACCAGCCCAUAACUAAACCAAGCAAUGUAUAAGGACGUUUAUGUCUCCAAAAGAAUUUUAUCAACAUUUCCAGAACUGCCUUUUUAACUGUCUCUUCACUUUUAAAAACUUAAGUCUUCUCCCUCUUCUUAAACACAAAACUGAACAUUGAUAUAGUGUAUGUUGAGAGGGUUUAAACUCUAGCUCAAGGAGGAACCAAAAGAGAAGUUAUCAAGAGAAGUGUUGUCAGUCUGUGGAUUGUGUCUUGCUGAUAACUACUGCACAGUAUUCAUUCUGGAGAGAAGAAAUGUGGUGAUAUAUGAAGAUUUGGGAAUUGGAACUGUAGAUUAAACAUGCACAAAUCAAGCUGAAGGCUUUUGGGUUUUUUCAGUAUGGGUCCUGAUCUCUCUCCUCAGCUAUCCUGCUGUAUUGCAAAACUUGAUUUGAGAAAGUUUUAAAAGUAGAAUGUCUCUAUAAUUGCAUGUGUUUGUGUGAAGAGUGCAUUGCCUGGGACUGUCCAUUAUACUUCCAUUGGACCUGAAGCUACUUUUCACUGUCAAACAUGGUAAUGAUACUGCAUUUUAAAAUUAGCAUAUCCUUAAUUCAGAAGAGGAAAAUAAUUUGACUUUUCAUAAUUUUGUUAGUCAGAAGCUUAGGUCCAAAACUUUGAAGUCACUUCUAUUAUAAACAUACCUGCAGAGAACCAUUUGAAUUUGCUAGUCUGUCAACAACUAUUCACAACCGCCUGUCUUUUAUUGUAACCUUGUACUGACUCGGUUGCAUUGUUUGGAUUAAGCACUUGUGUCUUUUCCAUUGUGUAUGUACAAUUGUAAGAAUGUCAAGUUAUGCAUUGUUGUUGUAACUUAAUGGCUAAAAGCUCAAAUUCCUUAAUAAAUUAUACAGACCUUUUAAAAAGCAA